CCUGCACAGUGGGAACUGCUAGUCCGCCAUCACUGUGCAUAGAUAACUAGCCCGGAGUUGAGUGCAGUCUGUGGUGGCUAAGUGACUAUAUCAAGCAAGAGACUCGGGGAAAGGUCGAGGGGAGGAAUUGUUCAGCUUUCCACCUGCAUGCUUCCCUGCAACGGCCCAAACAAAGUCUUUCAUGUGAACACAGAGACGUCCGAAUAAAUCACUAUAAAUGUCCAACCUCAGCAAAGGCGGCACCAAGAAGGACACCAAGAUGAGGAUACGAGCCUUUCCUAUGACGAUGGACGAAAAAUAUGUCAACAACAUAUGGGACCUCCUGAAAAAUGCCAUCCAGGAGAUCCAGCGCAAGAACAACAGCGGGCUGAGCUUCGAGGAGCUGUACAGGAACGCCUACACCAUGGUGCUCCACAAGCACGGGGAGAAGCUGUACACGGGCCUGCGGGAGGUGGUCACGGAGCACCUCAUUAACAAAGUACGAGAAGAUGUCCUCAAUUCGUUAAAUAAUAACUUUCUGCAAACCCUGAAUCAAGCCUGGAACGACCACCAGACGGCCAUGGUCAUGAUCAGAGACAUCUUAAUGUACAUGGACCGCGUGUAUGUGCAGCAGAACAAUGUGGAGAACGUGUACAACCUGGGCCUGAUCAUCUUCAGGGACCAGGUGGUCCGCUACGGCUGCAUCCGAGACCACCUCCGACAGACGCUCCUGGACAUGAUCGCGCGGGAGCGCAAGGGCGAGGUGGUCGACAGGGGCGCCAUUCGCAACGCCUGCCAGAUGCUGAUGAUCCUGGGGCUGGAGGGGCGGUCCGUUUACGAAGAGGACUUCGAGGCCCCCUUUCUAGAAAUGUCCGCCGAAUUCUUCCAGAUGGAAAGCCAGAAGUUCCUGGCGGAGAACAGCGCCAGCGUGUACAUUAAGAAGGUGGAGGCCAGGAUAAAUGAGGAGAUCGAGCGCGUGAUGCACUGCCUGGACAAGACGACGGAGGAGCCCAUCGUGAAGGUGGUGGAGCGGGAGCUCAUCUCCAAGCACAUGAAGACCAUCGUGGAGAUGGAGAACUCCGGCCUCGUGCACAUGCUCAAGAACGGCAAGGCGGAAGACCUGGCCUGCAUGUACAAGCUGUUCAGCCGGGUGCCCAACGGGCUGAAGACCAUGUGCGAGUGCAUGAGCGCCUACCUGCGCGAGCAGGGCAAGGCCCUGGUGUCCGAGGAGGGCGAGGGCAAGAACCCCGUCGACUACAUCCAGGGGCUGCUGGAUCUGAAGACGCGCUUCGACCGUUUCCUGCAGGACUCCUUCAAUAACGACCGGCUCUUCAAGCAGACCAUCGCCGGGGACUUUGAGUACUUCCUCAACCUCAACUCGCGCUCGCCAGAGUACCUCUCCCUCUUCAUCGACGACAAGCUUAAGAAGGGCGUCAAAGGACUGACGGAGCAGGAGGUGGAGUCCAUCCUGGACAAGGCCAUGGUGCUGUUCCGGUUCAUGCAGGAGAAGGACGUGUUCGAGCGCUACUACAAGCAGCACCUGGCGCGCCGGCUCCUCACCAACAAGAGCGUGUCGGACGACUCGGAGAAGAACAUGAUCUCCAAGCUCAAGACGGAGUGCGGCUGCCAGUUCACCUCCAAACUGGAAGGAAUGUUCCGGGACAUGAGCAUCUCCAACACCACCAUGGACGAGUUCCGCCAGCACCUGCAGUCCACGGGGGUGUCUCUAGGUGGUGUUGACCUCACAGUAAGAGUGCUGACGACAGGCUAUUGGCCCACGCAGUCAGCCACGCCCAAGUGCAACAUCCCCCCCUCUCCCAGACACGCCUUUGAGGUCUUCAGAAGGUUCUACUUGGCCAAACACAGCGGCAGGCAGCUAACGCUUCAGCAUCACAUGGGCUCCGCGGACCUGAACGCCACCUUCUACGGGCCAAUCAAAAAGGAGGACGGGUCAGAGGUGGGUGUAGGGGGGGCACAGGUGACCGGCUCAAACACCCGAAAGCACAUACUGCAGGUCUCCACCUUCCAGAUGACCAUCCUCAUGCUCUUCAACAACAGAGAGAAGUCCACCUUUGAGGAGGUCCAGCAGGAGACGGACAUCCCCGAGCGGGAGCUGGUGCGGGCGCUGCAGUCGCUGGCGUGCGGGAAGACCACGCAGCGCGUCCUCACCAAGGAGCCGCGGUCCAAGGAGAUCGAGAGCGGCCACGUCUUCACCGUCAACGACCAGUUCACCUCCAAACUGCACCGAGUCAAGAUCCAGACCGUCGCUGCUAAGCAGGGGGAGUCGGACCCGGAGAGGAAGGAGACGCGGCAGAAGGUGGACGACGACAGGAAGCACGAGAUCGAGGCGGCCAUCGUACGCAUCAUGAAGUCCAGGAAGAAGAUGCAGCACAAUGUCCUAGUAGCAGAGGUAACCCAGCAGCUGAGGGCCCGGUUUCUCCCCAGUCCUGUGGUCAUUAAGAAGCGCAUUGAAGGACUCAUUGAGCGAGAGUACUUGGCGCGGACGCCCGAGGACCGCAAAGUGUACACUUACGUAGCGUGAAACGGAGCAUCUGCGAGGAGGCGGCGAACCGGAGACGGGCACGGAGAGCGGGAGGGGAAGAGAAAGAAAGAAAGGAAGAAACAGAAAACAAAAUCCCUUUGGACUGUUUUGCGCAUGGACUUGGGUAGUCCCUUUUACCUAUAAAUACCGGAAAAACUGACUUUCCCUUCCAUUAAGAACAAAAAAAAAAACUUACAGAAAAUAAAAAAUAAAUGUAAAAUCUGAAAGGAAAAAAAAAAAAAGACAAAAAAUCCACUAAGUGUUCUAGAUUAUUUAAAAAUUGGGCCUCUUCUCCCAGUGUGAAUUUAGACUCUAGAAGGACGGGGCUGGCCUCAAGGCUGCACAGUGUCUCGUCCUUGUAGAGGUCGACUUCAAAAAGAAUUCCUUGGGGAAAAUGUGAAUGCUCCACAUUUCUUUUCUUUUUUUUUUCGUUGUUGUUUUCAAUACUGUAUAAUAAAAA